AUCAGUUGUGUCAUCUGUCCACAUCCCAACACACGACAAUUUUCUGAUCACGGUAUACGUCCGCAAAAAUAUCAUCAUGAACACUUUGGUAGUGUUAGUAGCUGUCAUCGCCUCAGUGGCUGCGGCCCCUCCUAAGGAAGCUGCCAAAGCUAUCACUUUCAGUGGAUUCCCAUCCAACCAAGCCUACUACCCAGGCCAACAAGGGUACUACCCAGGCUACCAAGGUUACCAAGGUUACCAAGGUUACCAAGGUUACAACUCCGGAUUCCGUAACGGAUACUACCCGGGACAACAAGGAUACUACCCAGGAUACCAAGGUUACCAGGGAUACUACCCAGGAUACCAAGGUUACCAGGGAUACUACCCAGGAUACCAAGGUUACAACCGCGGUUACUACCCAGGUGCCCAAGUCUUCCCCACCGUCAGUGCCGUCACCCCGGCUUCGAUCAUCGCACCCGUGCCAGUCGUGCCAAAGGUUGUUGCUCCAGUGUACAAAAACGUAGACAACAAAUUGCCAGCUAUCGUUAGACAAUCGCAAGAAGCUGACUUAAACGGAUUCAAAUACGGAUUCGAAACCGAGAACGGUAUCGUUGCCCAGGCUGCCGGAUACGUGAAGAACGCCGGAUCCGAAAACGCCGCCCAAGUGAUCGAAGGAUCGUACGCCUACAUCGGUGACGACGGUGCUCCAGUCGAAGUCAAGUACUACGCCGACGAGACCGGUUACCACGCAGUCGGAAACGUCGUCCCGACCACCCCCCCAGAGAUCGCCAAGUCUUUGGAAUUGAUCGCCUCCCAACCACAGAAACCAGAAGACUCCAAAAAGAAGUAAACCCAGCCCGCAUGUAACCAUGUACGCUGAAACGGCCCAAACACACGUAUACCAUUAGUUAUUAGGCAAAGCAUGUGAAAUCAUGCACAUUUUUUUACCAUUGCAAAUAUUGUGUCCGCAGUAAUUUUCGUUAUUUGUGUCUGAACGACGAAUAUCGACUAACUUACUAUGUACACAAUUAUUCAGUUAUGUUGGAUGUAACAAAAAAAGAUGAAAAUAUAAAAACUUGAAGUUAUAUUA